AUGGAGAUUGACUGUAGGUCAUCCGAGUUUCCAGACAUAAGCUUUGAUGAUUUUGUGAAACCCCUGUACAACUCCUACUACAACACUAACGACAACAACAACACCCCCAACUACAACAACAACACCCCCUACUACAACCACAACAUCUCCAACUACAACCACAACAUCUCCAACUACAACCACAACAUCUCCAACUACAACCACAACCUCUCCUACAACAACCACAACAUCUCCUACUACAACUACAACCUCUCCAACUACAACCACAACAUCUCCAACUACAACCACAACCUCUCCAACUACAACCACAACAUCUCCUACUACAACUACAACAUCUCCAACUACAACCACAACCUCUCCUACAACAACCACAACCUCUCCAACUACAACCACAACAUCUCCAACUACAACCACAACCUCUCCUACAACAACCACAACAUCUCCUACUACAACUACAACAUCUCCAACUACAACCACAACCUCUCCUACAACAACCACAACCUCUCCAACUACAACCACAACAUCUCCAACUACAACCACAACCUCUCCAACUACAACCACAACCUCUCCUACUACAACCACAACCUCUCCAACUACAACCACAACAUCUCCAACUACAACCACAACCUCUCCAACUACAACCACAACCUCUCCUACUACAACCACAACCUCUCCAACUACAACCACAACAUCUCCAACUACAACCACAACCUCUCCAACUACAACCACAACCUCUCCUACUACAACCACAACCUCUCCAACUACAACCACAACAUCUCCAACUACAACCACAACAUCUCCAACUACAACCACAACAUCUCCAACUACAACCACAACCUCUCCAACUACAACCACAACAUCUCCUACAACAACCACAACCUCUCCAACUACAACCACAACAUCUCCAACUACAACCACAACCUCUCCUACUACAACCACAACUUCUCCUACAACCACAACAUCUCCAACAACAACCACAACCUCUCCUACUACAACCACAACCUCUCCAACUACAACCACAACAUCCCCAACUACAACCACAACCUCUCCUACUACAACCACAACAUCUCCUACUACAACCACAACAUCUCCAACUACAACCACAACCUCUCCUACUACAACCACAACCUCUCCUACUACAACCACAACCUCUCCUACUACAACCACAACCUCUCCUACUACAACCACAACCUCUCCUACUACAACCACAACAUCUCCAACUACAACCACAACCUCUCCUACUACAACCACAACCUCUCCAACUACAACCACAACCUCUCCUACUACAACCACAACCUCUCCUACUACAACCACAACCUCUCCUACUACAACCACAACCUCUCCAACUACAACCACAACAUCUCCAACUACAACCACAACCUCUCCAACUACAACCACAACCUCUCCAACUACAACCACAACAUCUCCAACUACAACCACAACAUCCCCAACUACAACCACAACCUCUCCUACUACAACCACAACAUCUCCUACUACUACCACAACCUCUCCUACUACAACCACAUCUCCAACUACAACCACAACAUCUCCAACUACAACCACAACAUCCCCAACUACAACCACAACAUCUCCUACUACAACCACAACAUCCCCAACUACAACCACAACAUCUCCAACUACAACCACAACAUCUCCAACUACAACCACAACCUCUCCAACUACAACCACAACAUCUCCAACUACAACCACAACAUCUCCAACUACAACCACAACCUCUCCUACUACAACCACAACAUCUCCAACUACAACCACAACCUCUCCAACUACAACCACAACCUCUCCAACUACAACCACAACAUCUCCAACUACAACCACAACCUCUCCAACUACAACCACAACAUCUCCAACUACAACCACAACCUCUCCUACUACAACCACAACAUCUCCUACUACUACCACAACCUCUCCUACUACAACCACAUCUCCAACUACAACCACAACAUCUCCAACUACAACCACAACAUCCCCUACUACAACCACAACCUCUUCAACUACAACCACAACCUCUCCAACUACAACCACAACCUCUCCAACUACAACCACAACAUCUCCAACUACAACCACAACAUCUCCAACUACAACCACAACCUCUCCUACUACAACCACAACCUCUCCAACUACAACCACAACAUCUCCAACUACAACCACAACUUCUCCAACUACAACCACAACCUCUCCAACUACAACCACAACCUCUCCAACUACAACCACAACAUCUCCAACUACAACCACAACAUCCCCAACUACAACCACAACAUCCCCAACUACAACCACAACCUCUCCAACUACAACCACAACCUCUCCAACUACAACCACAACAUCUCCAACUACAACCACAACAUCCCCAACUACAACCACAACCUCUCCAACUACAACCACAACCUCUCCAACUACAACCACAACAUCCCCAACUACAACCACAACCUCUCCAACUACAACCACAACAUCUCCAACUACAACCACAUCUCCUACUACCACUAUAAGUAG